AAAAAGAUGUCAGAAAAAAAAAAAAAAUUGAAUCUUGACGAGAUUCAAGAACCAGCCUAGUAACAGGUAAAAGGAAAAAAAGAAAUGCACAUGAUCAAGAUUGAGCCUUUGUCAAUUGAUGUCACAUGAUCAAGAUAACAAGACAAGAUGGGUCUAGUUCGUGCUUAACUUCCAGUUCAAGUCGGAGCCUUAGUCCCAGUAAAAAUGCUAGGGAAGAUUUGAUUAUUUUAGCGUCAGUUCCAAACAAAAUAUUUUAUACGUAUAGCCGUGUAAUAUUUAGAAGAUAAUUCAGACGGAAAACAAAGAUUGGCUACAAACAGAUCUUAUGAUGGAUUCUAAUAACGUUAUAUUUGCUACUUCUGGGAUCUGCUCCGAGCGAAAAUUUUCAAGUUAGCUCCACCAGACUUGGAUGCAUUUUGUCCUUUUGCUCUACACUCAUGAACCUCCAAAUUUCAGUUACAGGACUCGCAGUCUGGGUUGCUUUGAUUUCAACCCUGAUAUUAGCAUGGAGAAUACUAAAUUGGGCGUGGUUGAAGCCAAAGAAGCUGGAGCGGUACCUGAGACGACAGGGUCUCUCCGGCAACCCAUAUCGGCUUCUUUCCGGAGAUCUUAAAGAGAUGUUCGACGUGUCAAAACAAGCAAUAUCCAAACCCCUGAACCUAACCGACGAUAUUGUCCCUCGGGUCUCCCCCUUUUUCUGUAACAUGAUGCAGAAAUAUGGAAAAAAUACUUUUAUAUGGCUCGGAGUGGUGCCGAGGGUGAUUCUAAGGAACCCAGAACAUAUUAAAGAAGUAUUUAUCAAGAUCAAUGACUUCAAGAAACCGGGUGGGAACCCUCUUGCUAAGUAUCUGCUAACAGGACUUUUAACUCGCGAGGGGGAGAAAUGGGUCACUCAUAGAAGAAUCAUUAAUCAAGCGUUUCUACUAGAGAAGCUCAAGAAUAUGGUGCCCGCAUUCUGCCAAAGUUGCAGUGAUCUGAUCAGUAAAUGGGAAGAGUUUGUUUCUGUGGAGGAAUGGUGUGAGGUGGAUGUAUGGCCUUAUCUCACAGAUUUGACAAGCGAUGUGAUUUCUCGAACAGCAUUUGGGAGUAGCCAUCAGGAAGGCAGAAGAAUUUUUCAGCUCCAAGAUGAACUUGCAGAACUUACAAGACAAGUCCUACGAUCCUUUUAUAUUCCAGGAUUGAGAUUUGUUCCAACCAAGCUUAACAAGAGGCUUACGGAAAUUAACAAAGAAAUACAAGUUUCACUAAGAGGAAUCAUCAGCAAAAGAGAACGUGCAAUGAAAGCAGGGGAGUUUUCAAAGAAUGACUUGCUAGGUAUACUUUUGGAGGCCAAUUCUAAAGAAAUUCAAGAACAUGCAGAUAAAAAGAAUACUGGAAUGAGUAUUAACGACGUGAUCGAAGAGUGCAAGAUAUUUUAUUUUGCCGGCCAAGAGACAACAUCUGUGUUGCUUGUUUGGACAAUGGUUCUAUUGGCACAACAUACAAAUUGGCAAUCUCGUGCAAGAGAGGAGGUUUUGCAAGUCUUUGGAAAAAAUAAACCUGACUUCGAUGGACUGAAUCAGCUUAAAGUUGUAACAAUGAUCUUGUACGAGGUUUUGAGGUUCUAUCCACCUGUUGUGGGACUUGGUCGAUCAGUUGACAAAGAGACGAGAAUUGGAGACUUGGUACUACCAGCUGGAGUGGAAGUCGCUCUGCCAACAAUCCACAUCCACCGUGAUCCUACAUUUUGGGGUGAGGAUGCAGGACAGUUCAAACCGGAGAGGUUUGCAGAUGGGGUUUCAAAGGCUAUGAAGAACCAAGUUGCAUUCUUCCCUUUUGCAUGGGGUCCUAGGAUUUGUAUUGGCCAAAACUUUGCUCUAAUAGAAGCAAAAAUGGCUUUGUCAAUGAUGUUACAGCAUUUCAGAUUCGAGCUUUCCCCAUCCUAUACUCAUGCGCCAUACUUGGUUAUCACAAUGCGUCCCCAACAUGGUGCCCACUUGAUAUUACGCAAACUCUAGCACCAAUUACAAUCUUCUCCUUCCAUUUACUUCUGUUGAUUAAAAUCUCCAGUAGAAGCUGGUCUAGGUUACCUCUAUUUUUUCUUGGCUUAUUUAAUGCUCAUUGUAGAGCUUGAAACAGCGUCUCCCAUGUGGAGAAACUACGAUUGUAUUAUUUUUAUUGAAAAAUAUUAUCUCCUGUAGUAGAGUUGUAUAAAUGAUUGGAAGAAUAUGGAAAAGGAUGUCAGGGGAAAAAAAACUUGAAUCUUGAUGA